AGGAACGCCUAUCGGUGCAGAGUGGUCGGCUGUCUAUAUAUCUAUACAUACAAAAAAAUAAUCGGACCUGAAAAUACAUGAUGGACAAAGAUGCGGCAUAUCAAGCGUAUGAGGACGUAAGGAGUGACAACAGCGAGACAAACUGGACAGUCCUAAAGUACGACAGCAGCAAUAGCAUCAUUGUUGAUUCAACUGGCGUGGACUAUGCAGAAUUCGUAGAUAAAUUUUCAGAUAACGAAAGGGGUUUUGCAUUCGUCAGGGUUGAGACUGGAGACGAAAUGAGCAAACGCAAAAAGUUCGCACUAGUCACGUUUAUAGGGUCAGGUGUUGGGGCUCUAAAGAGAGCAAGGUGUAGCACUGACAAAUCUAAGGUGAAGGAAGUAUUCAAGAGCUUUGCUGUAGAAAUACUAACCAGCGAGAAACUUGAACUGAAAAUUGACAGAAUAAAAGACGAAGUUGUAAAAGCAGGUGGAGCUAAUUACGGCACCGGAUGCUGACGAUAUAUUGUAAACAUUUCCCUCGCUUAGACCUCGAUACACCACGUGACAACUUUCAAUAUCAAGGACGGGAUAUCUAUAUUAUUUAUAGACUCAUUAUUAAUAUCUGAUCAAAAUGAUAUUUUAACGCUAUAGUUGGAGUGUUGGUCAAUUCUAACUUACCAUUAUGCAAUCUAGAGUGCUCAUAGAGUAUGUAACAAUACUUUAUAUAAGUGCGCACGAUGUUACAUGUAAAGUGUAUUCUAUAUAUCUAAAUGCUUUUCUUAAUCCGUUCUCGAGGAAAAACCAAUGAAAAUUGUCUGAAAAGUGAGUUUCCAUCUCUGCUGAGAAGUAUUUUCUGCGUGUGCAAUAACAUCAAGCGGAGGAAAGGAUAUUAAGAAAACAAAAUGUGAUAAAUGAACAUGUAUUUCAACAUGUCUAAAGCCCAUCGAUUAAAAACCAAGACAUUGUCUUCUAUCUCUCAUUAGGAUUCAAUUAACUUUACAUAUGUGUCAUUUUGUGUGCCGUCGUCAUUUUAUCCUAGUCCAUGCAAGCACAAAAAAAUCUUAACGACCAGAUAACCCACACAUGUUUAGAAUAAAAACAAUUCUAUGUAAAAAAAAAAAAGCACGUAUAUUUCCAUCAGCAUCGAGAAAUCCCGUAUGUAACAUUAACGAUCCGUACUCCACGUGUAAGAGGUACAGCUGAAAACAUACAACACAACGAUUUAAUCUAUCAAUGCAGAAGUAGCGGAGUAUAUAUUGUGCAUUAGCUUUAAGUUCCAUGAAAAGUUCAGUCAAAGUGGGUCCCACAUGCGAGAAAAAUAUAUAUUGAGGCCCUAUGGAUCAAUAUACAUGUACAUUGCAUGUAUGGGCUCUACUGGAUUAGGAUGUGUUUAAAUUAGUUCAUUGUUCUGUCCGAUAUCGUUUGGUCGAUAGAUUUCACUUUUUGUAGCUUUAUGUGUUUUCAGUCUUUGAAAUAGGCUUCCUCUAAAUUGUCUUGUUUUGUAGAACUUGUAAAAAUCUGUGUGAACUUGUAGUCCGUCAAAAUGACCUGCAGUGUUGAAAUUUGUUUUUCUGGAGUUUCCCAUUUAGACGAACACGUUCAUUCUUAUGCACGCCCACCUGACAUUGGUUAGGUAUAUAGAAAGCAGUACAUGUCCAAAUAAAGGCAUUGAGAAAUUGAUCUACAGCUGCACCUCACCUCCCCUAAUGACUAUCGAUUUACCUGUAAUAAAUAUGAUACACAGGUAAUCAGGACAAGACAACAGACAAUUGUGGGUUUUUUUUAUUUAGUACAUCUUGGACAUUUUUGCUGUGUUUACUCCUCAUGUGCUACAUUGAAUUUGCUCAAAUAUAGAAUACCUGUUAAGCCCGUUACAUCUCAUCUAUAUCUUUAGUAACAUCGUAUAUAACUAACAUUCCAGUGUUAUAACGUGUUAAAUAAAUAAAUGUUAACAAAGUA